GCUGCGGGCGACUUCCGCUUCCUGGCCUAAAUCUGACACGUACUAUUACCCCCAGUGGCAACGAUCCUGGGUCCAUAACAGCUGAAGAAUCGGGUGAUGCCCUCAGCCCACGGGUGGACAGAGGUGCUGUCAGUAUCCAGCACAGUAAGCCAUCUCUUGGUGCCCCCAGGAAGCAUUUCUGGGGUGAAUGUGGAAUGACUGACCAUGUGGACACUGUCCAGAUUUCUUGGAAUCUCUGUGGAGUCCGAGGACCACACCUCAUAGUGAAGGCUGCAGGAUCUCCUUCUAGCCCCAGCAGCUCUGGCUGAGUCCACAGAUGCCCUCCUGACUUCAAGCUCCUGGCAGGAGCUGAGUUGUCAGCAAGAGCCCCAGGGCUGAGGCUCAGCAGGAACAUGCCAACCAACCAGAAUUCUCCCCCAUGGACCACGGCCCUGGCUGCAGAGGGACAUGGCAGGUUGAGUGAGGUCUCAGUAUCAUUCGAGGAUGUGACUGUGGACUUUAGCAGGGAGGAGUGGCAGCACUUGGACCCUGUUCAGAGGCGCCUAUACCAGGAUGUGACACUAGAGAACUAUAACCACCUGCUCUCAGUUGGGUACCAAGUUCCCAAACCGGAGGUCAUCUUCAAGUUGGAGCAAGGAGAAGGACUGUGGACAUUGGAGAGGGAAACCCCACAUCAGAGCUGUUCAGAUGAAGAUAUUGGGCAAACCCAACAACAGAGAGUUUCUGGAGAAGUUUUAUUCCACUGUGAGAAAUUUGGUCAAUCCAUAGAAGAUUCAUUGUGUUCCAUUUUAGAAUUGUGGCAAGAUAAUGACCAGCUAGAGAGAGAUCCAGAAAAGCAAAAUAACCCUGUAAGUCAUGUGAAAGUAUUCAUUGAAGAGAGUGGCUAUGAAUGUAAAAACUUUGAAAAACUAAUUCAUAUGAGUACCAAGAUUGUUCCUUCAAUUAAAAGACUCCAUAACUAUGACACAUUUGGAAAGGGUUUGAAGCAUACUUUAAACUUACAUAAUCAUAAUAAAAGCAAUGCAACAAUGAGCCUUGAUAAGAUUUUUGGAAAUGGCAACAAUUUCACUCAUAGCUCUUCCUGCACUAAGAAUGACAAUGCUAAUACUAGAACAAAUGCUUGUGAACAUAAUCAAUGUAGGAAACAUCUUGGCCACAAACAAGCUCUCAUCCACCAUCAGAAAAUUCACAUCAGGAGGAAGCUUUGUGUAUGUACUGAGUAUGUGAAGAGCUUUACCCAGAAGUCAGAUCUCUUUGCACAUCAGAGAAUUAAUGCUGGAGAAAAAUCUCAUGAAUGUAACAAAAGUAAUAAAGUCUUCAAUCAGAAUCCCCAAAUUGAUGUAGCUCAGAGUGUUUAUACAAGAGAAAAGUCCUAUAUAUGUACUCAUUGUAAGAAGGCCUUUACUCUCAAGUCCAACCUCAUUACACAUCAGAAAAUUCAUACUGGGCAGAAACCCUAUAAAUGCAGUCAAUGUGGAAAAGCCUUUUUCCACAGAUCGUAUCUCUUUAGACAUAUGAGAAUUCAUACAGGAGAAAAACCUUAUGAAUGCAGUGAAUGUGGAAGGGGCUUCUCCCAAAAUUCAGACCUCAGUAUUCACCAGAAAACUCACACUGGAGAGAAACUCUAUGCAUGCAGUGAGUGUGGGAAAGCCUUCACGAGAAAAUCAGCACUCAGGAUGCAUCAGAGAAUUCACACAGGAGAGAAACCCUAUGUAUGCACUGAAUGUGGGAAGGCCUUCAUCCAGAAAUCACAUUUCAAUACACAUCAGAGAAUUCAUACUGGAGAGAAGCCUUAUGAAUGCAAUGACUGUGGGAAGUCAUUCACUAAGAAGUCACAACUCCAUGUGCAUCAAAGAAUUCACACAGGAGAAAAGCCCUAUAUAUGCACAGAAUGUGGGAAGGUCUUUACUCAUAGGACAAACCUCACUACUCAUCAAAAAACUCAUACUGGAGAGAAACCCCAUAUGUGUGCUGAAUGUGGGAAGGCUUUCAGUGAUCAGUCAAAUCUCAUUAAACACCAGAAAACUCAUACUGGAGAGAAACCCUAUAAAUGCAAUGGUUGUGGAAAAGCCUUCAUAUGGAAGUCACGCCUCAAAAUACAUCAGAAAUCUCAUAUUGGAGAGAGACACUAUGAAUGCAAUGAAUGUGGGAAAGCCUUUAUCCAGAAAUCAACACUAAGUGUGCAUCAGAGAAUCCAUACAGGAGAGAAACCCUAUGUUUGUCCUGACUGUGGGAAGGCCUUCAUCCAGAAAUCACAUUUCAUUGCACAUCAUAGAAUUCAUACUGGAGAGAAGCCUUAUGAAUGCAGUGACUGUAGAAAAUGCUUCACUAAGAAGUCACAACUCCGUGUGCAUCAGAAAAUUCACAGAGGAGAGAAACCCAAUAUAUGUACUGAAUGUGGGAAAGCCUUCACUGACAGGUCAAAUCUCAUAACACACCAGAAAAUCCAUACUAGAGAGAAACCCUAUAAAUGCAGUGACUGUGGAAAAACCUUCACCUGGAAAUCACGCCUCACCAUCCAUCAGAAAUCUCAUACUGGAGAGAGACACUAUGAAUGCAGUAAAUGUGGGAAAGCUUUCAUCCAGAAAGCAACACUAAGUAUGCAUCAGUUAAUUCACACAGGAAAGAAACCCGAUGCUUGUACAGAAUGUCAAAAGGCUUUCACUGACAGAUCAAAUCUCAUUAAACACCAGAAAACUCAUAGUGGAGAAAAAAAUUAUAAAAGCAGUGACUGAAAAAAAGCCUUCAGCUGGAAAUUGUAACCAGGUAUGCAUCAGAUGGCUCAUAGUGGAGAAGAGAAGUGCCUGAUGACACAAUCAUUGUGUAUGGGGAAAUAGAUGCGACAGACUACAGGUGAAGUGGACAGAAAGCAAACAAAGCCAAGUAUCCCCCAAAACCAAAUAACUACAUUACCACAGUUAAUACACAAUUUUAUGUGUAGGGAAACUUCAAUAAAACCUUUCGACAAUAGUCCUGUUUGGUUUCAUGACCCAUGCAGGGGCUCUCAAGCUCCUGUAAAUAGUAGAAAUAGGGACCCCAGAAGAUGAUUUUUAAUCUCUUAUGUUUCACUUUUUGAAUAAGGAACUUUAUAAAUUUAGCAUUGAUUAGUUCUUCAUACCCUGGAAUGUAAAAGUAUUCAAUAUUGGACAAAAUUUUUCAAAUUUCUAGGGUGGGGCAAAAACGUUUUCAUUGUCUAAAUACCUGCAGGCACAGAAGUCAAAGCAAAAAUCUACUUUGGAAUGCAGACCUGUGAGUAGAAGCCAGGAGUUUUUGUGAUCAUUGACAUUCAAGACACAGAAAAGACUGCAUGAACUAUUCUUUCUCUUCCCUUUGAGAAGUCACCAUGGUAUGUUUCUUAAAAAUGAAACUGUAAAACUUAAAGUUAAGUCUGACUUUAUGCAUUGGCAAAUUAGAAAAAGCUCUAGCUUAUGUUACAAGAAUACAGUUAUUACAUGUUGCACACAUCUAAAGGUGGCAAUUGUUCACUCAUGAAUUCCAUGAUGUGGCAACAGGUGAUGAUUCACACUAAAAAAAAAACAUGCAUACCUUCUAACCUGUACCCCAAAACCUAUCAUUUAUGUAAAUUGCACACCACAGACUUCUUAUUUCUUUAUUGACUGACCUUGACCCAUGAGACUCUGGACUUCCAGUCUCAUCCACUGAAGCCUUUGCUUUCUUUGGGAUUUUUGUUUGAAAAAGAAUGAGUGAGAAAUUUGGUUUCAAUACAUAAAGUUUUUAUUUUGUUUUUCUUCCCAUUUGAUUAAGAUACAUUCAUUUUCUGUAUGCAUAUUAAGGCUACUUUUGUGUGGAUUGCUAUGGGAUAAAGUCAUUUUGCAUUGUAGUUGGCUAGUUCAAGAUAUGAUUAAAACUCCGUGGCUGGCAUAGCUCAGUGGAUUGAGCGCAGGCUGUGAACCAAAGUGUCGCAAGUUCGAUUCCCAGUCAGGGUACAUGCCUGGGUUGCAUGCCAUGACCCCCAGCAACUGCACAUUGAUGUUUCUCUCUCUCUCUCUUUCUCCCUCCCUUCCCCCUCUAAAAAUAAAUAAAAUCUUUAAAAAAGAUAUGAUUAAAGCUUAUUAUAGUUGAAUAACUAGAAGACUUUUCUAGAAAGAGCAUUGCUUUUUUAAAAGCACUGAUAUAUAGACACUUUCUCAUUUUCUCUUAAAUGUUUUUAAACAGUACUCAUGAGAAAGGGAGUUUUAUUUCUCAAAUGCAAUUUAAUUUUAUUAAAGUAUAAUGCAUAUGGAAAAUACAUAUGUCAUAAGCUUACAGCUGAAUGAAUUCUCACAAAUUGAAAAUACUCAGAUCAAGAAACAGAACAUGACCAACACUCUAGAAGCAAUCCCUUUGCUCCCUUCUAGGCCUUACUACUGCUUCCACAAGGGUAAUCACUGUCCUGACUUCUAGCAGCAUAGAUUGGUUUUCUCUGUUUUGUAUUUUAUAUACAUUAAGUCAAACAAUUAUAUUUCAUAUUUCAGUGUUUAUCUUCUUUCAUUCACAUUAUGAAUGUGAGAUUCAUCUAUAUUGUUUAAUAUAGUUGUAGUUAAUUCAUUGUCAUGUUAUAUUCCACUGUGUGAAUAUGCUAUAAUAUAUUUAUCUAUCCUACUGUUGAUGGACACUUGGAUUGUUUGCAGCUUGGGGUUAUUAGGAAUAGUGCUGCUAUAAAUAUUUUAGUACCUAUCUAAUGAUGAAUAUAUUUACAAAUUUCUGUUAAGUAUAUAUCUAGAAAUUAAAAUGCCAGGUCAUAGGGUAUCCAUAUAAUCCACUUGAGUUUAUAAAACUAGGUUUCCAAAGUGGCUGUACCAACAGCAAAUUGUGAAGCAAAUUCUAGUUGCUCCACAUCUUAUCAACACUUGGCAUUUUCCACCUUUUUUACUUUAGCCAUUAUGGUGGCUAAACAGUGAUAUCACAGUGUUGUUUAAUAUUUAUUUCAUUGUCCUCCAAUCCCACCAUAGUAUCUCUCCAAGACAGUUGACUGAUAUCUGAGUUCCGAGACCCAGCCAUGGUCCUCACAUGGCUGUACCAUUUUACAUUCCACCUUCAAUAAAAGCAAUUAAUAAGUUUACUUCUUUUUAAAAAAAUUAUUGUAUUUUUCCAUUACCAUCUGACCCUCACAUACCCUCCUCAGUUUAAUUCUUCUCACACACACAAAAGACCAAAACCAGUUGGUUUAAUUGGUUAAUUACAUCAAACAUUUGUGAGAUAAAUAAUAUCAACACUCCACAAAAUCUUUCAGAAAACAGAGGAGAGGGGAAUACUUCCAAAUUCUAUGAGGGCAGUGUUACCCUGAUACUUAAGCCAUACAAACAUAUCACAAGAAAAGAAAACUAAAGACCAUUAUUCCUAAUGAACAUAGAUGUAAAAAUCUUCAACAAAAUACUAGCAAACUGAAUCCAGAAAUAUGUAAACAUAUACAUCAUGACCAACAGGAGUUUACUCUAGUGAUGCAAGGCUGCUUCAAAAUUCAAAAUCAUGCAAUAUAAUCUAUCAUAUUUGCAGGCUAAAGAAGAAAAAUCAUAUGAUCUACAGGUUCAGUAUAACUUUACCCAAUUUCCAACAAGUCUUUCUUCCCUAGAAAUUUAUAAGCUAAUUCUAAAAUUUAUACAGACAUAGAAAGGACCAAGAAUAGCAAAAAGAAGUUUGCCAAAGAAGAACAAACUGAGAGGAAACUCACCUCCUAAUUUCAAAAUUAUUAUAAAAGUAUAGUCAUCAAGACAGUAUGGUACUGGCAUGGGGACAAAGACAUAUUCUGUUAAUGGAACAGAAUAGAGUCCAGGAGCAAGCCUUCAUACUUAUGGUACAAAUAUUCUUUUUUAAAAUUUUUCUUUCUUUAUUUUUAGACAGAGGGGAAGGAGGGAGAAAGAGAGGGAGAGAGAAACAUCAAUGUGUGGUUGCCUUUCACCAGCCCCCUAUGGGGGCCUGGCC